ACUCCCUCGGAUUUCAUGUUCAUAAUGAAAUGCCCUGUUGGAGACAAAUAUUCAGAAGGACACCUUGUUCCCUAUGGAAAUCUUGAGAUAAGCCCAUCCUCUUCAGUGUUAAACUAUGGACAGGGAUUGUUUGAAGGGAUGAAAGUAUACAGGAGAGAAGAUGACAGAAUCAUGAUCUUUAGGCCAGAAGAAAAUGCUCGACGCAUGCAAAUGGGAGCAGAGAGACUGUUGAUGCAAGCACCGACGACCGAGCAAUUUAUUGAUGCUGUGAAGAAAACUGCCCUUGCAAACGAGCGUUGGGUGCCUCCCCAUGGGACGGGAACAUUGUACCUCAGGCCUUUGCUAAUGGGAAGUGGAGCUGUUUUGGGUAUUGGACCAGCUCCUGAAUGCACAUUCCUUAUCUUUGCAUCUCCUAUCGGCAACUCUUACAAGAGUGGGAUCGACGCCUUUAACUUGUCUAUCGAGACCAAACUUCAUCGAGCUUCCCCCGGUGGAACUGGAGGUAUCAAAAGCAUUACAAACUAUGCUCCGGUUUUUGAAUCAGUGAAGCGAGCGAAGGCUGCAGGGUUUGAUGAUGUCCUGUUCUUGGAUGAAGAAACUGGAAAGCAUAUUGAAGAGGCUUCUUCGUGUAAUGUUUUCAUCUUGAAGGGUAAUGUCAUUUCAACCCCCGCCAUACUCGGGACAAUUUUGCCUGGAAUUACUAGAAAAAGCAUCUUGGAGAUUGCUCAAGAUUGUGGUUAUGAGGUCGAAGAAGGACGUAUUCCAGUUGAGGAUGUGCUUGCUGCGGAUGAAGUAUUUUGCACAGGAACUGCAGUUGUAGUCACUUCUGUUGCCAGCAUAACCUACAAGGAACAAAGGGUGGAAUAUAAAACAGGAGAGAACACAGUGUGUCACAAACUGCGAACAGCCCUUACAGGAAUUCAAACUGGACUUGUUGAGGACAAGAAGGGAUGGACUGUCCACCUUAAUUGAGCUUCUCAAAACCCCAGAGAAUCCUUCUCUGCAUCAAUUGAUGAAUUGGUUUGUAGCAAUUAAUU